UGAACGGUGUGUUUACAUCGCGAGCCGUCUAGUCCGUUUACCACAAACCGCGUGUUGCAUAAUUGUUGCCUGCUAAAAGUCGUAUAAUUCGCCGUGUUCUACGGUCAACUACAAACCGUCUUUCUUUGUAUAUUCUUCUCCAUAAUUCAUAGUAAAAAUACAAGAUACAUCUUCGCGUUUCCUAUAUAUUUCGUCGAAUAAAAUACCGAUUUACAAUACAUAAGUUCCUUUGACGGAUUCUUUCAGUGUGUGUCGGUCUCUCCUGAUUCUUGACAUUCGAGGGAUCUGAAACUACUCGCAGUUGGUUUUCUCACGUCGCGUAGUAAGGCAAGUGUUUUUUGUUCUCGCUGCACGCGAUUUUGGUGAAACUUUGAACCGAGAGAAGAGUAUUGGGAUAAUUUUUUUUCUGCAUCCAAGAAGGCGUGGAAAAUUGUAUGUGCGGUUUGAAGUGAUUUGUGUGUCAGUUCUGAUAGAAUACUGUUCCUCUAAUAGUUGCCGUGAGAUACAAAAGUUGAGGAAAAAUGGCCCUCGGCACGGAGAAAAUCGACGGCAACUCGACUUCAUCGGUCUCCAAAGGCGGACCGGCAGCGGCAGCUACUAAUGCAGAGUCAAAGAAAAAAGGAAACGGCAAAAAGCAGAGGAACAGCAAAGAAAAGGAAUCGUCUCCGCCACUAACCGGCGGGAAGCAAACCUCCAAAGAACCCCAAGUGAAUGGUCACAGCGAAGCAAUCAAUGGCGGCGUGAAUGGUCAUGCCUCGGAAACGGAACACCAGAAUGGGACAGACGCGGAUAGCAGCGGCAAGAAGAAAUCCGACUCGGAAGUGAUGGAAAUAAUCCAGGAUACGGGUUUUACGGUGCAGAUUCUGUCCCCCGGUGUGGAGGCGCUUUCGGUGCAGGUUUCUAGCAUGGAAUUGGUGCAGGAAAUUCAUCAACUGCUGAUGGAUCGGGAUGAUACGUGCCAUCGGACGUGUUUCUCGCUGCAGCUGGACGGAGUCACAUUGGAUAACUUUGCUGAGCUCAAAAACAUUGAAGGACUGAAGGAUGGCUCGAUAAUAAAGGUCGUUGAAGAACCGUACACUAUGCGUGAGGCAAGAAUUCAUGUGCGUCAUGUGCGUGAUUUGCUCAAAUCGAUGGAUCCAGCGGAUGCCUACAAUGGGUUGGACUGCAGUUCGCUCACGUUCCUACACUCGAUUACUCAGGGCGACAUUCUAGAGAAGAAAAAAGGGCGCUCGGAUAGCGUGGAUUGUACUCCGCCGGAGUUCAUAAUGCCAGGGGCAAAGGAGAGACCGUUGCUUCCACUUCACCCAGGUGUUGGCAAAAAAGGUCCUCAACCGUUGAAGGUGCUGACAACGUCCGCUUGGAAUCCACCACCGGGACCAAGAAAGCUACACGGUGAUUUGAUGUAUCUGUAUGUUGUGACCAUGGAAGAUAGAAGACUGCACAUUUCUGCCUGUCCUCGGGGAUUCUUUAUAAAUCAAUCGUCAGAUGAUGUGUUCGAUCCUCGCCCAGACAAUCCGAGCUAUCUUUGCCAUUCGUUGAUAGAUUUGCUCUCACAGAUAUCGCCGACUUUCAGGCGGUGCUUUGCACAGAUGCAGAAGAAGCGAACUCAGCGUCAUCCGUUCGAACGAGUGGCGACUCCAUAUCAGGUUUACACGUGGUCUGCCCCUGCGCUGGAGCAUACGAUCGAUGCCAUUCGGGCGGAGGAUACUUUCUCGUCGAAACUUGGCUACGAGGAACAUAUUCCCGGCCAAACGAGGGAUUGGAACGAGGAGCUGCAAACAACACGGGAACUUCCGCGGGAAACCCUUCCGGAGAGGUUGUUGCGUGAACGUGCCAUAUUUAAAGUUCAUAGUGAUUUCGUGACCGCUGCAACCCGGGGUGCGAUGGCUGUGAUUGAUGGGAAUGUAAUGGCGAUUAACCCGGGAGAGGAUUCCAAGAUGCAAAUGUUCAUCUGGAACAAUAUAUUUUUCUCGCUUGGGUUCGAUGUGAGGGAUCACUAUAAGGAGCUUGGAGGAGAUGCCGCGGCAUUCGUUGCACCACGGAAUGAUCUCCAUGGUGUUCGAGUUUAUUCGGCCGUGGAUGUUGAAGGAUUAUACACAUUGGGGACAGUGGUUAUCGAUUACCGCGGAUAUAGAGUCACCGCUCAGUCAAUUAUUCCCGGAAUCCUAGAGAGGGAACAGGAGCAAUCUGUGGUGUAUGGAUCGAUUGACUUUGGGAAAACGGUGCUGUCGCACGAGAAAUAUCUCGAACUUCUGAACAGCGCGGGAAAACAUCUGAAAAUAUUACCACACAGUGUCUUAAACGAUAAGGGUGAGGAGAUCGAACUGUGUUCAUCGGUUGAAUGUAAGGGAAUAAUUGGAAACGAUGGUCGGCACUACAUUUUGGAUUUGUUGCGAACGUUCCCACCUGAUGUGAACUUCCUAAAAUUGGACGAAGAGCUUAGCAAAGACUGCAAAACUCUCGGAUUUCCGAUAGAGCACAAGCACAAACUGAGCUGCCUACGGCAAGAGCUGUUGGAAGCAUUUGUAGAGAGUCGCUAUCUGAUGUUCAUCAAGCAUGCUGCCUUCCAGUUGCAGCAACUGAACACCGUUAAGCGUCAGCAGAAGCAGGAGACCAAAGAAGACGAGAAGAAAGGAGAUAUCAAGGCCAUAGAACAGAACCCAGAAGCCACAAAGGAUGGAAAUAAACAGGUCGAGGAGUCCAACAAUAACGUCAAAGUAGAAGAAGAACCAGUGAAAGUAGUAGAUCCCGCUAAAAAACCAAAAGAAAAAUCUACCGAAUUGCCCAAGGUUCAAACGGAGGAAGCCAAAAAACUAAUGGAAUCACUGUUGUCAAGUGAUGAGAAGAACGAAAGCAAGGAAGUUAUGAAACGAGCAUGUGAAGCAGUGGGAUCAUUGAAGGAAUAUGAAUUUGACAUUCGCUUCAAUCCGGAUGUGUACUCUCCUGGUAUCAAGCACGUGGAAAAUCCGGACGCAGCCAAUUCGAUCAAAAAGCAAAAGCAGCUAGUGAAAGAUGCAGCCGAAUUUUUAGUGAAGCAUCAAAUACCAAGCUUUGUGCACGAUUGCUUGGAUCACACGGCUGCUCCAAUGGACGGCACCACUUUAACGGAAACUUUGCACAGUCGUGGUAUUAAUAUUCGCUAUUUGGGGAAGGUCGCCAACCUAUUGGCCAAAAUCAAACAGCUGGAAUAUCUUCACACAAUCACAGUCUCCGAGUUGAUUGUCCGAGCUGCCAAGCACAUCUUCACUACUUACGUGCAAAACACCGAAAUGAUGAGUAUGGCAUCGGCUAUCAGUCAUUUCUUGAAUUGCUUCCUAACCACCACCGCAACGCUACCGAACGCCGGAAUGGAAUCGGAUGCACUUAUCAAGUCGGGUUCCUCCAGUGGCAAACAACAGCGGCGACAGAAUAAGCGUUCCUCGGGCAGCAAAGGUGGCAAAUCCUCAUUCCAGUGCACCCAAGAUAAUAACGAAUGGCAGCUGCUCACUCCCAAAUCUCUCUGGGCUCAGAUCCAGCAGGAACUGAAAUCAUACUGGGACUACGAACUGGCUUCCGCGGGUUCCCAGGAUUCGGUCGAACAGAUUGUCGCCCACAAUAGGCUGCAGAAGAUCAGCCUGCUGCGAGCAUUUUGCCUCAAGACUGGUGUCCAAAUUCUGCUCCGCGAGUACAACUUCGAGAUGAAGAACAAGCCUACGUUUGUGGAGAGUGAUAUAGUGAAUGUUUUCCCCGUUGUUAAACACAUCAACCCGAGAGCUUCCGAUGCGUACAACUUUUACACUACCGGCCAGAGCAAAAUUCAGCAGGGUUACUUCAAGGAUGGUUAUGAUCUGAUCAGCGAAGCCCUGAACUUGUUGAAUAACGUCUAUGGUGCUAUGCAUCCGGAGAACGCACAAUGCUUAAGGAUGUUGGCUCGAUUGAGCUAUAUUAUGGGUGAUCCACAGGAGGCUCUGGCCAUCCAACAGCGGGCUGUUUUGAUGAGCGAGCGGGUUAAUGGUAUUGAUCAUCCAUAUACAAUUGCUGAAUAUGCUCCUCUUGCUUUGUAUUGCUUUGCCAACAGUCAAAUCAGCACUGCCCUCAAGUUGCUGUAUCGUGCUAGAUACCUCGCAACCAUAGUGUGUGGUGAGAAUCAUCCGGAUAUCGCACUGCUGGAUAGCAAUAUCAGUCUUAUUCUGCAUGCCGUCGGGGAGUACGAACUCUCGCUACGGUUCCUCGAACACGCGUUAGCACUAAACAUCAAAUACCACGGUGUGAAAUCGUUGAAGGUCGCAGUGAGCUAUCAUUUGGUGGCCCGAACACAGAGUUGCAUGGGUGAUUUCCGAUCGGCGUUGAACAAUGAGAAGGAAACGUAUGCCAUUUACAAGCAACAGCUGGGCGAGAAUCACGAGAAGACCCAAGAAUCUUCAGAAUGUUUGCGUCAUCUUACCCAGCAAGCGGUCGUGUUGCAGAAGAAAAUGAAUGACAUAUACUCGAAUGGCAAGCUGACCAGUGGAUUGCCACCGAUUCACAUCCAGCCGCCGUCGAUGGGUUCGGUGCUGGAUAUGCUGAACGCCAUCAACGGCAUUAUUUUUGUUCAAAUAAGCUCGAAGGAGAUAGCAAACCUGAAGAACGAGAUCGAGAAACGGCAGAAAGAGGUCGGUCCACCCACUGUAGUGCAGGCAAACCAGGAAGAGGUUGAUCGUAUGCUGACCGAAACGAUGGCCAAAACAGCUGCCGGGAUUCCGUUCGAAGAGCACGAUAAACAUGAACUUCCUAAUGAUGCGUGUGAUGUCAGCGGCAGCGGCAGCAACAGUCAAGACAGCAGUAGUCAACCGAAAAACGACCAGCAGGCAACUGGCGCUACAAGCUGAAAGAAAGGCUUCAACACUCAUCAUCAUCACUUCCAGCAGUAGACAUUUCGAUUGAUACUGCCGGUUUUUUCAAUAAUCAUUACAAUAAUCAUCAACUGAAGGAAACAUUUUUGGUCGAUAGUUUGCGUUUGUUUUAUUUGUUACGUAGCUCUGCUAGAUAGAGCCUGUUUUGGGAGGUUAAUAUGUUCGUUAGUGCGCAUUGUUUUCUUGCGUAGAAUUUGAUAAAAUAAUAGCAAUUGAAUAGUAAUUUUGAACGAGCCUAGUUAACAGCGUUCACGCACAGAUCAGUUCGUCGCAAUUGCGUUUCCUCAAAUCCGCCGAACAAGAUCCAUUACCAUGAGAUGGAUAGAAAGAAUAACGAAUGGACACUGAGGGUAUAUAUAUACACAUAUAUGUGCUGGUAGAACCAACGAAGUGCAAUACAUAUUGAAACGAAAAUCAUCAAUUAAUAAGCCAUACACAAAACAAACCAAUCAUUUAAUUAAAAUCAAAUAGAAUAAAAUCGAAAAACGCGCCGUAGUUGUUCUAGUCAGUGUUCCAAACAACCGUUUUUUACUAAUAAUUUCAUUUCCUACUAAAUAACCACACACACAAGCUUACGAUAACCACCAAUACUCGCGGAAGAGUCUGUGCAGCCGGAAAGUGUAUAUCUUUCAAAAUAUAAAUUACUAUUUCUCAAGCUAACAUCAAAAGCCAACCACAACACAAGAAUAUAAUAGGUUGGCUCAACCAUAAUGAACUCUACACAAUCUAAAAACAAUGAAUAAGCAAAGUGAGACAGCAGCUAGAAACGAAACACGAAAUAAUUAGGUAGUCAUACGAUUUCGUAAAAAAAGGAAUGUAGCCCUAACAAACAACAAAUUUAGCGUUUAGUUAGUGAUGUAGGAGUUAAAACUCGUAGAACUCGUAGACUUCCGCCAAGAAGAAGGAACAAAUCAAAUUUUUAAGCGGUGAGGAAUGCAAAAAAUGCAAUGAGAAAUCAUCGUUUAGGAAAGGUAUAAUUUCAGUUUUUUUCAUCCAAAUAAAAAUAUAACAGAAAUUUA